ACUGAGCUGUCAGACAGAGCUUCUCCACUACAGAUCAGCCGCAUUGAGUACAUUCACUCCAAGAACUUUAUCCACAGAGAUGUGAAGCCUGAUAACUUCCUGAUGGGACUCGGCAAAAAGGGCAACCUCGUCUACAUUAUUGACUUUGGUCUGGCUAAAAAAUAUCGUGACGCUCGCACACACCAGCACAUCCCCUACCGUGAGAACAAGAACCUGACGGGCACUGCACGCUACGCCUCAAUCAACACACAUCUGGGGAUUGAGCAGUCAAGGCGCGAUGACCUGGAGUCCUUGGGCUACGUUCUCAUGUAUUUUAAUCUGGGCUCGCUGCCUUGGCAAGGCCUUAAGGCUGCUACCAAGAGGCAGAAGUAUGAACGGAUCAGUGAGAAGAAAAUGUCCACCCCCAUUGAGGUGCUUUGCAAAGGAUACCCCUCGGAGUUUGCGACAUACCUGAAUUUUUGUCGCUCCCUGCGCUUCGAUGACAAGCCAGACUACUCGUAUCUACGCCAGCUCUUCAGGAACCUGUUCCACAGACAGGGUUUCUCUUAUGACUAUGUAUUUGACUGGAACAUGCUGAAAUUU